AUGACAGUUGGCACUACGAAAAUCAUACUGUUCACUCCGAAGGCAUUUGAAGAGAAGAAAAUUGAUUUAGCAGGGUUCAACCUGCCCCAUCCAUCUAAUAUUAAGACAAAACCAUGUUUACAGCUAGUUAAGGCAGUAACUUCUGGGGAUUCACCGAUCGAUACAGUUUAUAGCCUGAAGUCACAUACUUUUAGUAAAGGUUCGAAGAUUAAUAACAGUACAGACUUAGCUAAUGAUAUUUAUCACUAUACUGACGAUGGAGUUCCUUUGAAGUCAUUUAUACUGACCAACGAGAAGGCUAGAUCAGAUGCGUGGAUUCUAGAGUCUGGGGACGUCAAAUACUUGCAAAAAUUUGACCUCACAUACUGUUUGAUUGGAUUCUAUUUUAAAGAAAGUAUUUCUAAAUCUGAGGCAGAAUAUUCAAAAAGUGUUAAACAACAAUUAACUGUUCCUAAUAGCAAGUUAGAAACUGCUCUGAAUGAUCAGAAAAAAUACUUGAGCUUGAGGGAUUAUAAAGAGUUAUUGUGUGAAGCACAUGAUGAGAAUUGGUGCCAUGUUGAUGAGAAUAUUCUUCAAAAGGCUUUAAGUAACAUAUCAGAAGAGAUCAAUGAAGCCGGAGAUUUAUAUUAUCAAAUCAAGAAUGAUAAAAUUAUGGACUUUAUAUCUGAGAAAAUUGGGAAAAUUGCAAAACAUUUCCCAAAAAGUUUACCAUUACCAAACAACCUUCCCGAAAAUAUACUUGAAUGUUGUAAAAUAUUAAUGUCAUUGAAUUUACUAAUUUCAUUGAUUCCAAAAGAAUGUUAUACAAAGUUAUUACAGUACGAAGGUAAUAGUCUAAUACCUUCAACGGUAAAUAUUCACAAAUCUCAUAAAGAAUACAUCGAGUAUAUGAACACAAAUAAAGAUGCUAUGAAGGAAAAAGAAUUACUUCUUAAAGCAGCAAUGAACGUAGGUUUGACUGGCGAUCAACCUGUUAGAAAACAGAUCAAUAAAAUCACAAAGAAGACGGUAGUAUCAAAACCAAAAGUUGCUCAAGGUAAAGGUGCAAUUGAUGGCUUUUUCAAAAGAACAAAAAAAUAA